AUGUGGAAGCUUGGCAAAGGGGCCACCAAAGACAUGGGCAAGAUGCUUGGUGGGGAGGAGGAGAAGGAUCCCGAUGCUGCAAAAAAAGAGGAAGAAAGGCAAGAGGCGCUGAGGCAACAGGAGGAGGAGAGGAAGGCCAAAUAUGCAAAAAUGGAGGCAGAGAGAGAAAACCUUCGACAGGGCAUUAGAGAUAAGUAUGGCAUCAAGAAGAAGGAGGAGAAGGAAGCCGAGGCAGCGGCUGCUAUGGAGCAGGCCUCCGAGGGCAGCCUCACCCGUCCCAAGAAGGCGGUUCCCACCGGCUGCGGCGACGAGGAGGAAGAGGAGAGCAUCGUGGAUACGGUCAUGAAAUUCAUCCCGACCCCGCUCAUGGAUAUGUUCAAUAAAAAGUAACAGUGUUGGGUGAAAUGUGGUUAACUUUGUUAAUCUACUUUCAUAACGUUCGUAACGUUCAUCGAAACCAAGACUACUGCCGUAUACCACCCUGCCCCCGCCUAAACCUGCAGUCACACUUUUCUCCACCCUCCAGCCCCUUUCACCCAACUUCUAAGUUUCCUGGGAUGGAGCAACUUGGCAUGACUUUGUCCUUGAUUUAAAAUAGCUGAUCUCUGAUGGUGAUAUAUACUUUUUUAUCUCUCAUAUAGAGCAUCUUUCUUGAUAAUCCUAUUCUAAGAGUAUGUAACACCGACACAGAUCUAAUGUCUUUACUUCAAGGCAAAUCUUAUGCCACGUUUUUUUAAAUAUCAGGCACUUAGAAUAAAAUCAGAUAUCACCAAUCAUUCACCCUUUUUGUUUGUAAAUAGCCUCCGAUUAUGAAAAAAGAGAGAAUUAUAUAUGAGUGAAAUAUGACAUAUAACAAGAUGACUAAGAGUAUAAGCCAUAUUUUUAACUUUUAGGAACUUAUCCAAAUCAUAUCAAAAUUUGAUUGAAUUUUCCUGUUCUGUUCUUGCUAAUAUUUGAUACAUAGAGUGUAUAUAAAUACUUGCAUUUUUAUUAGUUUUUCCGUUGUGAGGAUUCACCCUGUAAACUGUCCCACUUUAUGUUCUCUUUGGUUUAUUGUGAAGGUGUAAUAUGAGCACUGGUAGAGUCAAAACAUCACCUGUAAAACCAGAACGUGAUGGAAUUCAUUUAAAAUGAGACAUUUUUGUUUUGUUCACUUUUGUUUUCAAGCAUGCAGUUAACUUUUGUGAAGUGAAGUACACAUUUGGAUACCAUAGCAUUUGUUAUGAUAAAGAGAAAUACAUUAAUAUAUGAGGCAAUAACUGGUUUUCCAUUUUUAUUUAUUUGACAUCUCGUCCACCAGUAGGAGAUCAUUGACUUUGUGUCUGAAAUGUUCUUCCAUGGGGAAAACUAUGAAUGUUCUCCA